AGCACGUGAGAUUGUUGGUGAGAACCCGACUCCUGAAAGUCAAGGUCAAGGACAAGAUGAAAACAACACAGGUGGUGGAGGGGGGGAAAAGGCACCGGCUGAAAGAAAAAGAAGGGGUCUGACGAGAAGCUUUAAGAAACCGGACGGUCCCAUGGUCUUGAAGUAUGACAACAAAGGCCAACCCGGGCCCAAAUGGCGUCGACAAUAUGCUAAUCAAGUUGGCAUAUGUUCGCGGAAAAUCCCCAUUACACUUGUAAUGCGGCAAGUACCUCCGGGUUUGAUUCAAGCAUUUUGGGAUGAUACAAGGGUAAGUGUGUUUUUGGCACAUUUAGAAAAUUUAAGAUACCUUAACCUUAUGGUUGUUACUAAAUAGAAACUAAUAAUCGGUUUUAAUUUGUGCUUGCAGAGGCUGUUUUAUAUUCUUAAUGAUCCCAAGAAGAGAAGGGUGUUUGAAUCUUUAUUAGCGGAAAGAUUCAGAGGCUUUAAGACCAAGUUGACUAAUCGAUGGAUCUACAAGAAGAAGAAGGUGCAAACAAAGAAGAAGAAUGCCAAAGAGGAUGACCGUCUCCCGUGGCAAAUAUGGCCGACCGUGUCAAAAGAUGAUUGGGAAGAGUUCGUUAGAAUGAAGAGUCAAAAGAAAGCCAUUGAACUUCGAGAGCAAAAUCAAGCGAAUGCAGAAAAGAAGGAAUACGUCCAUCGUAUGGGUCCUAAGACUUUUGGUGAAAAAAGACCUGAGUGGGUCGGUUCUGGUUUAUACCCUAAAGCGCUUCUAGUGGCAUCGAAGGAACCCUCUAGUUCCACGAUCACUACAUUGGUGAGUCGUGCCGGUGAUUUCUUUUGUUCUCUCCAUUCGUUUGAUAAGAAAACCGGAAAAUGGGUCAUCAAGGGUCCGGAAGCCAAAAAACUGGCGGAUAAGCUUGUAAGUUACCUAUGAAUUGUUGAAAUUAAGUCACUUUUGCAUCUAAAUCACUGUACAAACCAUUAA